GUCUAGUCCAUAAACAUGAUACUGCUGUAUGAGCUCCAGAAGCGUUUGGCCAAUCUGCGGCCCACCACAACCAUUGUCACCACCCCCACCGGCGCUCGUUACGUCGAACGACGCAAGUCCUUGGAUGGCGAGCAAACUUCCAGCAGCUCCGAGCCGUUGGAAGCACGCCAGUAUGGCUUUGUAGUAGAUACUAAACCCGAUAGCGUACCCGCCUGCAUUUUAAGCGAAUUUCUUUACUUGGGCUCCCAAGAUGCCGUCACAGCUGAAAAUGUCAUCAAAUACAAGCUGACGCACAUCCUAAGCGUGGGUAUUGAAACACCACAGAUUGAGCUUCCGCCCACAGUCACAUGCAAACAUUUGCCCUGCCUGGACUUGCCCGAAACGGAUCUUCUGCAAUAUGUGCUACCCGUGGCGAUCGAUUUCAUUGAACAGGCUCAUUCAACCAAAGGCUGUGUAUUGGUUCACUGCAAUGCGGGUGUCUCACGUUCAUCCGCAGUAGUCAUUGGCUAUCUAAUGAAGCGGCGGGACAUGCGUUUUGAGGAGGCUUACAAUCUAGUCAAGUCGUGGCGGCCAUGUAUACAACCAAAUGUAGGGUUCAUGCGGCAGUUAAAGCAGUUUUGCAAAGCAUAAUUAACUAGUUUUUAAAAUGUCUAUUUUGCAACGAGUAAUAAAAUAU